AUGACUAAACAACUUGUACCAAAAUUAUCAAAUUUCAAAUACACUCGCCAUACCAACCAGGAAACUACUGACAUAAAAGAGAUAAUAAAUAUUUUGCGUUGGAUGGCUCCUGAAAAGAUGCUAGAUCCUAAAAAUGUGAGAUAUAAUUUCAAAUUUUUGGAAUUCUACUUUGGGAAUUAUUGUUUCAAAAAAAUUCCAUAUGAAGAUUUAGACAUGAACCAAAUUAAAAAUCCCGUUUUAAAAGGUGGUCAAGAAAAGAUUACUAUGCAAUUCACUUCGCAAGAAAUUCGAACGAUUCAAAAUAAGUUUUUUGAGAUUAUAAUUGCUGCAUUAAAUCCUCUUGGAACAUUAUUUAUGAGAGAAUCAAUAUCUAUUGGAACAUUAGCAACGGAACUUCCAGAUUCAUUCCAAAACUUUACUUUACCUACAAUAGUACCUCUUGAAGAAGAAGGACUCCCAGACGGGAAAAAAGAUCCUGUUCAAGCAAACCUACUUUUCAAAGAAGCAGCUGAUGAUGGAAUUGCAGGUGCUCAACUACAUUAUGCAUUUUCUUUAUUUAACACAUCAAGAGUUAAAUUUGAUCGCAAAGUUUUUGUUUCAUACCUUACAAAGGCAGCAAAUGGUGGUAAUGUUGCAGCCCAAUAUAAUUUAGAUGAUAUGUAUUUUAAUGGAAAGAUAUUAGGUAUAAAGGAUGUCGAAUUAGGAACAAAAUAUUUGAAAUUAGCUGCUCUAAAUAAUGAUCCUCGAUCCGUUAAGAUCCUUAAAGAAAAUAAAAUUGAUUUUUUAAUCUAG